AUGGUAUCCAAAACGCUACCUCUUUAUUCCAAGGCGACUCUUCAAAAACACACUGACCGCACCAGCUGUUGGGUCAGUGUCGGCAACCGUAAGAUCUACGAUGUGUCACAGUUCCUGGAUGAGCAUCCUGGGGGGGACCAGUAUAUUCUAGAUUAUGCAGGAAAGGAUAUUACAGCAGUUCUAAAAGACAAGUUGAUCCAUGAACACACCGAGGCAGCCUACGAAAUACUGGACGAAUCUUACCUGGUAGGCUACUUGGCUACAGAAGAGGAAGAAAUAAAGUUACUUACGAAUGAGAAGCAUGUUAUGGAGGUCACGCCCGAGAAUUUGGACACUACGACGUUUGUCAAGGAGCUACCCGCGGAGGAAGUGUUGUCUGUUGCAACAGACUUCGGUACCGAUUACACGAAGCACCACUUCCUGGACCUGAACAAGCCACUAUUGAUGCAGGUGUUGCGUGGAAAUUUUACGCGCGACUUCUAUAUUGAUCAAAUUCACCGGCCGCGCCACUACGGUAAAGGCUCUGCGCCUCUAUUUGGAAACUUUCUGGAGCCACUAUCGAAGACCGUGUGGUGGGUCGUCCCUAUGGUAUGGUAUCCAGUUGUCUUGUACUACCUGACCCGGGCACUACAGAACAUGCCAGCCCAUCUGGCACUGACCUGCUUUGCGGCUGGGGUGUUCGUUUGGACACUGAUCGAGUACAGCUUACACCGCUUUCUAUUUCACUUCGAUGAUAAUAUGCCGGAAUCCAAUAUAGCCUUUACUGUGCACUUCUUGCUACAUGGAGUCCACCACUAUCUGCCCAUGGACAAGUAUCGAUUAGUUAUGCCACCUGCGCUAUUUGUAGUUCUGUGUGCGCCAUUCUACCGCUUGGUGUUCUCGAUCUUCCCUGAGUAUUGCGCAUGCGGCUGUUUUGCGGGCGGACUUUUUGGCUAUGUCUGCUAUGAUGUUACCCACUAUUUCCUGCACCAUCAUAAGCUCCCUCCAUUCAUGCGCAAGCUCAAGAAGUACCACCUCGAACACCAUUACAAGAACUACGAGCUAGGUUUCGGUGUAACAUCAUGGUACUGGGACAAGGUAUUCGGGACAUACUUGGCUUCAAAUUCUCCUGUAAGUCGACCAAAGUGCGAGUGA